GAGACAGUGUGCGUCUGUGCAUGCGUGUGUCCGUGUGCAUGCAUCAGUGCGUUCGUGGGUGCAGGCGUAGGAAGGUCACCCAUUUAUAUGGCGACAUGCGUGGCACACUCCUAGUACAGCAGGAGUCAGUCCUUACAUAAGAUGCUCUGGCUGCACUUCUUUGAAGCUCUUCUGAUCCUCUGUGGCGUUCAAGGUGCAGAAGGAAAGUGUGAGUCUCAUUCGACAUGCUCUGCAUGUGUGAGCAAAGUGGGGUGUGCUUGGUGUAAGCAGAAGGACUUCCUGUUGCCCGGCGAGGACAGCAGUCAUCGGUGCGGCACGGAGGAGCGUCUGCGCAUGAAGAACUGCUCUGAGGUGAUGAGCCCCAGCUCCAGCCUGCACACCGUCAGGGACGAGCCCCUCAGGGACGAGCCGGGACGCAUGGUGCAGCUGAGGCCUCAGGAGAUCCACCUCAAGCUGAGACUUGGCGUUCCCCAGAGGUUUAAUGUGGUGUUCAGGAGGGCAGAGGGCUACCCCAUUGACUUGUAUUACCUGAUGGAUCUCUCCUUCUCCAUGAGGGACGACCUCCAGAAUGUCCGCAAGCUGGGACACCAGAUUGUCGGCGCACUCAGAAACGUCUCCCGCUCAGUACGUAUCGGUUUUGGCUGUUUUGUGGAGAAAGACAUAGACCCUUAUAUUGGAGUGACGGGGGAGGUGAGGAGAAUGCCGUGCCGAGGGACCACCGCCUGUCAGCCGGCGUUCAGCUUCAGACAUGUCCUACCGCUCACUGAGGACGUUGCCGAGUUCAGAAGGAGGGCUGAGAGGGAGUUGAUCUCCUCAAACCUGGACAACCCAGAGGCAGGCUUGGACGCAGUCAUGCAGGUCGCAGUCUGUCAGGAUCAGAUUGGAUGGGGCAACGCGGCACGGAUAGUGAUUUACACGUCUGACGAUGUGUUUCAUCUGGCCGGCGAUGGGAGACUGGGUGGCAUAGUCCGACCCCACGACGGGAAGUGUCACCUCGACAGCAAGGGACUCUAUGACAUGGAGACACACUUGGACUACCCAUCUCUGGCCCAUGUAGCAGAGGUUCUAGCUGCCAACAACAUCAAACUCAUCUUUGCAGUGACUCAAGACCACACAGAUUACUACAUGAAGGCAAGUGAGCAGAUUCCACAGUCUGUAGUGGGCGUGCUGGAAGAGGACUCUAGCAACGUGGUCCAACUCAUCUCCAAAGCCUACGAUGACCUGUCAUCUAAAAUUAUCCUCGAGCACCACAAAGUUCCAGCAGGCAUAGAUGUCUCCUAUGAGUCCCAGUGCGGCGACCGAGAGCACUCCCCAAAACAAAAGAAAGGCGUAUGCAACAAUGCCAAGAUCAAUGAGCAGGUGAGUUUCACAGUGACCAUGAACAGCUUCACCUGUUUGUCUGAGGCAGUUACGUUCACACUCGGUGUGCAGGGGCAAAAUGAGAAGGUGCAGGUUACCGUGGAUACUCUGUGUGAUUGUGCCUGCAACGACACAGAACCCUCCUCCCCUCAGUGUGGUGGCAAAGGAACACUCAACUGUGGCAUCUGUAGCUGUGACGUAGGGCACAUGGGCCAGCGGUGUGAGUGUGACAGUGACGCCCUGGAACACAGAGACGGCAUGAUGGAGCUGGAAAGGCAGUGCUUCAGUCCCAACGCCACCACCACCUCCACCUCCUCCCAGCCAUGCAGUGGGCACGGCUCAUGCCUCUGUGGACAGUGCCUUUGCAGGGGCCACUUCAGGGGCCAGUACUGCCAGUGUGAGGACCACAGCUGCCAUCGCCACAACAAUCUCAUCUGUGGAGGGAAUGGGAAGUGUAACUGUGGCACAUGUGAGUGCCACCCUAAUUUCUCUGGUCCUGCCUGCGAAUGCUCCACUCUGACUGACCAGUGCCACACCUCAGGAGGGGGCCUGUGCAGCCACCAUGGGCAGUGCCAAUGCAACACUUGCCAGUGCCACCCAGGUUACUAUGGAGAGCGCUGCUCUCAGGUGAGAGACCCAUGUGUGAAGUUCAGGCCUUGUGCGCUUUGCUUAGCAACUAAAGAGGAAAAAUGUGAGCGCACCUGUGGAGGGAUGAAAGCUACCAAAGUGAACGAAUCUGCAGCAUUCCUCUGCUUUGACGAGAAGGUCCACUAUAACAUAAAGGUGGACCAGGCUGAUGGACAUGUCCAUAUUCUCUACGCUCCACAGGCUGGUAAAAUGAGUGCUGUUUACCUCCUCAUCUGCACUGCAAGUGGCGGCGUUGUUCUGAUUGGCGUGGUUGUCAUUAUAAUAUGCAAAAUUUUGAUUGAAAUAAGUUCAUUCUCAUGAGUGUUUGUGGGCCAAGGCCUAGACUAUGUGUGCAUUCCAAUAUGCGGACUCCCGUUCUCCCUUGCUCACUUGCCUCCUUGUGGCCUUGUGAUGACAUCACCGACAACAGAAUUGUAAUUUCAAUAUCUCGCAAAAGCUCAACUCUAAUGUCAUUUUCUCAUUUGCAAACGGGAUGGUGAAUGAAGAAUAGUACCCCAAAAGUUGUUGUGGCUAGGCUGACAGCGAGGAAACGUUAUUGUUUUCUUCACGGAGGCGGGGCAUCAGUGAAACGCGGCGCACAAGCACAGACUGAGCUGGGAUGGGAGUCUGCAUAUUGGAAUACAGCCUAUGCAUUGUACUGCAUGCAUGAUAAUCUUAUAAAUAACAAUAGCUGUUUUUACAUGUGAUUAAACUGGUAAACUGAACUCUUGUCAUUUUUGCCAAACACAACUUGAACCAGAGGUCACAGAGGGUCACAGCAGGGAAAAUAAUGCAAUCAGAGA